AAAAGAUUUAAUUGGACAGAAUUUCUGCAAUUAACCAAUCAAAUAUCUACAUUUAUCGCGACGUUGGCAGUGUUUGGAACAUGGCUGAAGGUGGAAAUUUGGUUUCUGUAGAUUUUGAAGUCUUUGGAAAAGUUCAAGGUGUUUUCUUCAGAAGAUACACACAAAAGAAAGCUAAAGAGUUACACAUUGUUGGUUGGGUUAUGAAUACACAUCGUGGUACAGUUCUUGGACAACUGCAGGGUUCUACAGAGGCUGUUAAAUCUAUGAAACAUUGGUUAUCUAAAAAGGGAAGCCGGCAAUCGAAAAUAGACAAGGCAGAAUUUAGAGAUGAAAGAACUAUAGAUUCAACUACUUACAAAAGUUUUACUAUAAAACGUUAAAUAACCUUGUCUCUUAUACUCCAGG